UUUCACAGAUUUUUUCCUAUUUAUUUCUUCUUCUUCUUCUUGGCCGUCGUGGUCGUGGUCGUGGUCUGUCUUCGUUAUGGCGGUUGCUCGAGAAAAUCUACUAGCAGAGGCGAGCGAAACGGCGCCGUUAAAUGGGGACACAGAGAAUAGGUACGACGUAACGGAGGAGAAGGAAAACGACGACGCCAACACGGCGACGUUCUGCGGAUGUGGUGGGUAUUUGCGUAAUUUCUGCGUAAUCCGGUGGCGAAGAGGCACCGAAGUUCGCGGGGGCUGGAAUGGCGAUUCACAGCAAGAGAGAGGGGAAAGCUGGGCGAAGGAGAAACUGAAGGAGCUGAAGGAGAUGUCGGAGAAAAUUGCGGGGCCAAAGUGGAAGAAUUUCAUAAGAAGGUUUAGCACUAACAACAAGAGGAGCAGUAAAAGGAACUUGGAUUUCACGUACGAUCUCAGGAGCUACAGCCUCAAUUUCGAUGACGGAGAGCGUCCUUCUUGUGAUUUGCCGGCGAGAUUUGCAGCUCCGGUCGUCAAAAACGGCACGGAGUUUCCCUCUGAUUCUUCUCUUCUUUGAUCCAAGAACAAAGGUUUCGUCCUUUUUUGUUUUUCUUUUUUGAUGGAAUCAGGUCAUAUACUUUGUAAGUAUAAGCAUAUAAUAUACAUCUGAUCGGGUUUGAUUUGUUUUA